UUUUCACCAUCAUCCUCUCUCGCAAUCUCCACAAAAAAACCGAUAUUCAUCUCCACCCUCCUCUUCUUCAUCGUCCCCAGCGCGCAAGCACACUCGCCCCCCUCAAUCAGGCGUCGGACCCCCGCCAAAGAAUGGUCACGACAGACGACUCAAAAUUCACAUUCACCUGGCCCGGAAGCCCGAGAUUGUGCGAUGUAGUGCCUCUGAGGUGGUGGGGAGGGGUACCGCCCUUUAGAGCUUGGCUCAUACCGUCUGAUGGUGAGCCGUUCCAAUAUGAUAUCCCGGACUCAUAUUACAGUAAUGGAACGGGUUCAUACCCCAUAUUACUCCAAGUCAGUGAUGGGUAUGUGUAUACUAUCUUGAUGAGCGAUGCCAACGGGAUGGGUACCGGCGGUACAUCCGAAGCAUCCAUAGUCCAGCCCAUGCUCUCCAACACAACCAACACCACCCUCCUCUCCUCCCAAGCCCCCUGCCUGCGCACUGCCUCCGAAAACGUCACCUCCCUCGACUUUACAUUCUGGCUCGCUGGCACCACCGUCCAAUGCGCCAAAGGGCUCGAAGUGCAGUGGAGCGGAGGGAAAGAGAUGGAGCCUUAUAAUAUCACGGUGGUACCGCUUGAUCAGCGGUAUUUGCCUUGGGAUAUCAGCCUGGCGACGGGGGUUAGUUGGGGGAAUCAGUUUGUCAUGAAUAUGACGGCUGGGACGAGGUUUACGCUUAUGAUGAACUCGAAACUGGGGUACGGCCGAGGCGGUGUAGAACUUAUUUACGAAAUGACAUCCUCGCCCUCUAACGACACAUCAUGCAUCAUCCAGCCCGCCCUCCCCACCGGAUCUUGGCCGGCAGACGCCAGUAUCGACACUUCCCUCCCCGCCGCUUCCCUUCCCCCCAGUCCCGAUCCCAACACCACCGAGAGCGCUUCUGCCAGGAGAGGGAGAAACGCCGGGAUCGGCGUUGGGGUUACGCUUGGGGUUGUCCUUCUUGGGUUGGGGAUAUGGUGGGGAAUCAAGCGACGGAGACGGAGUAGAAAGAUGAAAGAGGAGGAGGAGAAGGCAGAACAGCCCGAAUCGCAGUACCUCCACCCUUCUUUGUCGAAACACAUAUCAAAGUCGAAACGGAGUAUCCACUCGUCCGCCGGUUCUACCGUCGUCCCCUUCUUAUCAUCAUCUUCCCCCGCCCCCGCUCCUGCCUCUUCCCCUCCCACGCCCUCCCACCUCCUGAACAAACCCUACUCGCUCGAUCUGGCUUCUCUUGUGGAUAUCCCGGAUUUUGGGGAAGGUGGGAGAGACGGGAGAGGUGGAGGGGAGGGGGCGAAUGCGGCGACGAGUAUCAGCUCGACGAGAGGUUCGGUGGAGGAUCUUGUUGGGUUCGGGGCUGCAUCUACCGUCAGUGACGCUGGAGGCAAUAGCGCUCCCAGUAAUGGUCCCAGCUCUCAUCCUGCUCCUUCGACAUCGAACGACCACCGUCGCUCUCCAUCGCCUACCAUCAUCCCAUUCAUCUCGUCACCACCUUCACCCGUAAUGAACACCACCCAACCUUCUUCUUUACAUGCUCGCUCUGACUCCCGAGGGAUAGGAGAGGACGAAGAACGAUCAGAUGGAGAAUUGGUCGAAAGAGCAAGACAAGCAGAACGAGAACGGGAAGAGAAACAUCCCCAAACAGGGGGUAACGGCAUGCGCCUCACAAACCCCGACAACAACCACCUCCUCCCGGCCCUCGCGCCCUCUCCUUCCCCUUCCCCCUCCCCCCUCUCAAACCCCACCUCCCGCUCUUCCACACCCCACAACCCCGCCCGACGUCGACCCCCUUCUCGCGCUCUCGGCCAAGGCCCCGAACGGACAUACAGACGACACGCCGACGCUGGUCGUGUCUUUCCCGAUCCGCAUGGUGGGGAAGGAAGGGUGGCAGAGGGGGAGGUGGUGGAUCUGCCUCCGCUGUAUAGUGAAGUCCCGAGGGAUGGGAAUUAUCUUGGGGCUGCGCGGAAUCCCUGAAUCGAUGUGGUCUUUGGAAUUCGUUUUGGAGGGGUUUUGGUUGUUAUUUGUUGCUGUUCUUGAUCUUGCAUAUGGUUGAUACAAUAUAGCUUGGGAUUUGUUCAGUAGUGUAUGUUACGUGGAACAACGUCACAUGUAUGCUCUUCUGAUCUUGGGAGG